CAAAAUUUUCCAAAACCCAGAGCCCGAGAUUAUCACAUUCUCACCACCAUGUAUAACUGUCGUUAUGAUGUUCUUUUAAAAAAUGUUUUACACUAAUUUUACACCAGAUAAAAUGGGAUUCAGAUAAUGUGAUCUUUCAGCUUUUUGCAUGGCACAGUGUUUAUAUAUACUUAUUCAGUGUAUACACUGUAUAUGUAUAUAUAAACACGUAUGUUUAUAUAUACAUUAUAUAUACAUAUUGUAGAAAGUUUAGGAGGGAUGGAUCAAUAUGAUUAAAAUUUUAUAUAUUGUAAAGUCACAGAUGGUGAAUAUGGAAGCAUUUGUCCCGGGGGCAUGUUUGGGAUCACUUCUUUGAAAUUAUUUGUUUGUCCUGGAACAAACAAAACCCAGAUAACAGAUCUCGCAGACUUCGUUUUCCGAGGGGACAUCUCCUCGUGUGUUUUGUCAAAAGGAUCCAAGAUAAACUCCUGAGGAGGUCUCCACCAGAGGGGUCACCAGCAGUAGACGUGAGGCCCCAAACGGCUUCAGGGUUAGACGUUAAAUGAAACCUCAUUACGACACCCACUCACCCCCCACCUGGAUCAACUUCCUGACUUUGUUCGUCAUUCGCCCCACGCAACGUCAGUGAUCAACGCAUGAACUCAAAGUUGUGAAACAACUGAAACUUGGAGGAGAGCCCCUUUCGUUGUUCCUCAUCCUGUGCCUUACUAUUUUUUUCUUUCCCCAACUGUCCCCCCACCCCUUUCCCCUGCCAACACUCCUGAAUGUGGGCUCCUCCUCUGCUGAAAAGACACAUUUCCUGAUGUCAUUACCAAAUCAAAAUGCUGCUCCUCAGCAAACAGAUGUUACAUGAGGCUGAACAUAUAGUUUCUGUAACAUCAAUUUAAGCUGUGAAAUGUAAACCGCAGAUUUAUACAUGUAUUUCUUUUUGAGUUUGAUCCUCUCUCACUUGGCUUUUUAAGACUCCAAGAGGCAACAGUGAGGAACUAUCUAGCAGAUUUGCAAAAUCAUGAGUUCUUUAUGAGAUAAAAAAAAAAAACAUCUAAUGUGGAAAUGUUAUGUAUUCCUUGCCAGCAUAGAUAUGUAAUGGUCUUUUGAGUGUCAUGGUUGUUUCAGAAUAAUAACUUAUUCUUUUGUUAAAUUAACCUAAAUAUGAAAUCGUGGCUGUCUGCACAGCACACCCUGCAAAGUCAUGAUUAAAUCCACCCCAAAACACUAAGCCCUAAAUGUUUACUUAUGUUUCCUAUUUGGCAGAGGCAGCCCAAAAGGCAAAUAAAUCACAUGCUGUGAGCUGGCCAGGCCUUUUCGACUGUGAGAAACUGAGACUAAAAAGCAGAACAAGAGUUAAAGAGUAAAGGGUUUUCAGAUGUGAGUCCAGCCCCAGCUUGGGUGUGCUCUUUUUAUUUGGGAGAAUAGAGAGGACAAUCUUUGCUGCCUCCACCCCUUUAAAAAAAAGGAAGAAAAACUAAAAAAAAAAAAAAAAAAAAAAAGUUUGUUGAAGAGGCAAAGAGCUGCUGCCAAGGCGUAGGGCCAUCAGACAGAUCUUCCAAGAACAUCUGCUAUCUGCGGGUAACAUUGUUUGGACAUCUGGUAACCGAAGAUAACCCUGUCGCGUUUCCUGUUAUGCCUCGCUAUACACAUUCUGGAAGCUUCAUCAUUUGGGGAAAAGACACCUUUAUUCUUUUUUUUUUGACAUGAAGGGAGCUGUUGGUUUCAUUGGGGUAUUCCUCUCCUUUCUCUCUGAGAUCUCAGGAUACCAACUGCAAUUUUCUUGUCCGAAUGAUACCUUUUGCCACAGUGUUUGUAAGUUUUGCGAGGGUCGUAAUGAAAAACCAUCAAUGGAGUGUCUUUCUGUUUUAUUUGAUGACUAUCUGCAUUUGUUCAAUGAACAAAUGAGAUCACUAAACUCAACUGAUUGGUGCGUCUGGGAUAAAGUGAGCAGCUUCUACAGCGACUUUAGCACUUACACAGAGAGCCUAUCUGACUGUCUGCGGAUCCCAUGGCCGAACUCACUAGUGGAAAAACUCUUUGUCAACAUCCACUCUGCGUAUUUCAAAACGUGCCCCACAGAGGAGUUUAGUGACCCACCACCAGGAAUCGUGUUUGCCCUGGUGAUCACUCCCAUCUGUCUGAUACCAGUUAUGGUCAGCCUCGUGGUGAUUAAGACCAAAAAUGGGGACGGUACAUCCUGAUUUUAACACGAAAUAUGACCUUUUAUAUUCAUUUUUGUCCAUCUACUUUACCAUGUUUAGACUGCUACUAUUCCUUCAGUUCUCCAAAAAUCCAGCAGAUGUCUAUGUGACUCAGGACUUAAUGGAGUAAAUGCUUUGCUACUUUGAAAGAUGUCUGUUGAAUGGCAAGUGUCUUCUUUGUCAAUGAAAUUAUCAAUGUACUGUGGGAUAACAGUUUCCUUUUUACUGUAUUUACACUUUAUAGGGAUGGUUCAGUAUUUUGAAAGUGGGGUUCUUUGGAGUUGCCAUCAGCUGUCAGUACCUAACCUCAGGUGGACAAUGCUUAGAACACUUCUUAAAGAUCCAGAAAGACAGAAAAGUGGAGUCCAUCAUUCUGAAUAAACUCCAGUUUUUAAAGUUUCACAGCAACUCAAAAUAGUUGCGUAGGUGGUUAUUAGCCUAUGGCCAUUUAUGAUGAAAACUGUAUUGAUUAAUGAUCCACAAUCGUAAUUGUGACAUUCUUAGCAGAAGAAAGAUAUGACCAAUAAGUAAGAUCUGUUUUGAUGCUAAUGGAAUAGGAUGUAAAAUAGCCAUAAAAUUGCAUUUUCUCAAACUACUGACCAUGAAGAUCUACUGACCAUGAAGGUCAGUAGUUUGACCUUCAUGGUCAAACCUUCAUGGUCAAACAAAAAAAAAUUAAAAAAUGUUUUUGUCCUGGUUCCACUCGGUCUACAUGUUAGCAAGACUCAACUUCUUUCCCUUUUCUUAAACAGAAUGCAUGCAUUGAUCUUUACUUUGUCGGAACACUGACUGCUGAUAGUUACUCUGCAGAAUCCAACCUCAAUGUCCCAAGCUUUCACUUAAAGGAAAAGGCUGUGAAAAAUUUUAUUGUUUUUAAACAGACUUAGUUACAAUGUUGCAUUCUGUUUGUAUUUGAAAGUUGGAUUUUCUGAUUUUCCAAACAGAAAUACAACAACAAUCUGUAUAAAGUCUGAAUUUUGACUUGGAAAGUUGGAUGUGUCUGAGGAGUCCAGGAUUCAGUAGACAUGGCUAUAGCACACAUAUUUAAUUUUGGAGAUGUAAACCCAGUUUAAAAAAAAAACAACAAAGCAAUUACCGUAAUCUUUUCGUUGUGAUAUAGCGCUGUACAGCAUUUUAUGGUGGACAUGUUCAUGUUUCAAUGCAGAAUAUGGAGAUAAAUGCACUAUUAUUAAAUCAUAUUACUGUUAGUGGUUAGCACUACAAUUGGAAAAAUCCCAGGGGUUUUCCAACUUGCAACUGUACCAUGAUUAUUCCUGAUGUGACUUCAGUCUCAGCUCCAGCCUCCAAAACAGCAUAAGUAUUAACUCAACCGGUGUCAGCACAAUAUUAUGGAAUCAAACCCUAAUAUAAACCAAAAACAUAUAUUUAGUGUUGUUAGUGAUGACAAAAGCUUCAGAGCUUGCCGUUGUAAAAGUGAAAUAAAAUUUUCAGUGACAGUCCAGAUGUUUGGAAUGAGCUUCGGAUCAAUGUCAAGUUUGAUCUAUGUUUGAUAUGUGUUAAUAUGACAUAAAAAUUAAGAAUUGUUGAAUGUAUUUAUCUUAAGGGGGUUCAAAGGUUAAAGCAACUGGAACUCAAUUAAAAGGGAGUGACCACUGAAGUAGAACUCCUCAUGUUGUUUUUCUGUUAGCAGCAAGGAUUCUGCCUUCUGUCCUUCUGUCUAAAUAUUAACAAUACAAAAGUAAAUAAUUGAUAGUUUAACCUGACCCAGACAAAAGAGAUUUAUCUGUCUGUGCAGACUAGUUAUAUACACUGAGUGAUGACAAGAAGACCAAUUUAAGUUUCUUUGCUUGUAACAUGAUAGCGUUGAUAUGUGUUCAGUUGUCGAUGACAGUAAAGCCACAGUAAGUGCUUUCAGAUUUGGAACAAAAUGUGUAUUCAAAUACUUUCCUUUAACUGUGUUGUUGUCAAGAACAAAUGGAUGUAGUUCGCAGGCUCAUGGAAUGCAUUCAGUGUGUUCUCACCCCAUGUACUGCACACAUAUCUGUAUACUUUUAUUGUUUUGUAAAGUAUUAAAUCGAAAUGGAUAUUUUACCAUCCAAAUAAAUUGAACAUAAAAAUA